ACUUACGCAGUAUAGCUCGCCUGCCUUUAAAUUCAGUAGCAGCUAGGUGUAAUUUGCGUUGUUUUGCUCCUCUCUUUCAAUAUACCCAAUAAAACAUCUAUAUUUUAAAUAUAUUAGUCCAGGUAGCUGCGUGUCGUAUUUGUUAUUCUUUAUGCGUGAGUUUAAUAAGGUCGAAAUUUAAGCAUGAGACUGAUCGUCGUUUGGCUUUCGUCUUUUAUUCUUGUCUGUGCUGAAAAUAUAGAUGAAAAUCCAAAGCGAUAUCUUCUCUACGAUUGCAACCCAGGAGAGGGAUUUAAUUUACGAAGAGAUGUGUAUAUAAGAAUGUCAAAUUUGGUUAAGGCAUUGAGAGAUGACGGCAAGAAGGACCAAAACUGGGUUUUGGUGUUACCGCCAUGGGGCCGAAUCCGAUAUCAUUGGGACGAGGAAGAAAUGGAAGAAAGUAAAAUAGCAUGGAAAUCUUUCUUCAAUGUAGAAAGUUUAUCAUAUCACGUUCCCGUAAUGGAAUACGAGGAUUAUGUCGAAGAAAUCGGGGAACCGAAAGUAGACGAAAUUUGGUAUUUACAGAGAUUCAAGGAAGGUUGGAAAGACGGUAAGUUUGAAGAAAAAAUACACGAAAGAGAAUGCAAUGAUCCUGCCGUGUAUGAAUCGGACAACGAAGGAAAGAUUCGUGGAUGGUUCUGGGGAUAUUUUGAAACUUAUGCUACGAAAUUUAAAUGCGUUUCUUCCCAAGGUACAUCAAAAGUUUUAAUACGCCCUUUGAACGGGGGUAACACAACCGCAAGAUCUGUGUUCCUGGAUCGUGGAGAAACCGUUAUGCAUGAAAUGUUUGGCGGAAAAAAUUACUGGGACUCUAGAAGAAGCAUGGUAUUUGCAAAACACUUGCGACAAGAAGCUGCUGAAAUUAGAAAGAAGUAUCUAGAUUCCGACGACGAGAGAGACAACACUUACAGGCCUGAAGAUUGGAGAACGCCAAAGAUUGAACCUGGCACUGCCAAAGGAGGUCCAUAUAUAGCAGCACACCUGAGACGGAAAGAUUUUCUUUAUGCAAGAAAAGAAAAAGUUCCUUCGAUCGAAAACACUGCUAAGAAGUUGAAAGAACUCAUGAAAAAAUACAAGGUUUCCAAAGUAUUCGUCGCUUCAGAUGGUACCAAAGAAGAGAUGAGCGAAUUAAAGAAACUUGUACCUGAAGUAGUUAUGUACGAAGGCACAAAAGAACGGGAAAAACGAUUAAAGAAAGGUGGAGUUGCAAUUGUUGAUCAAAUCAUAUGUUCAUAUGCAAGAUAUUUCAUCGGAACAAGUGAAUCCACAUUCUCCUUCCGUAUUCAAGAAGAACGAGAGAUCAUGGGGUUCGACAGAGAUACAACAUUUAAUAGGUUAUGUGGUGACGAAGAAGGUGACGAUUGUCAACAACCGAGCAGAUGGAAAAUUGCUUGGGAAAGCGAUGGAGAAAUUUGGGAGAAAUAGCAAUUCUAAUUUCAUUUUGAUCUCUGAAUCUGCACAAUCUACUAUACUACAUCGUUAUUAUUACGUAACAAGCAAAUCACGCCUCUGGAGAUAAUCUGCAAUACGUUUAUAUUCUUAGCUCAAUUUAUAAUAGCCUAUCAGGUAUUUCUUAAAAAGUAGAUGUACUUUAUUGCUACAAAGAA